CUCCGCGCGCCUCCGCGCCGCUCCACAAACAGCCGCGCGCGCAGGCGGAGGACGCACACUGCGGGGAGAUGAGAGCCGUGGCAUGUCCCGGAGCCGCAGACGAGCCGCUCGGAGCCGGUCACCUCCCCGCAACCUGGGCUGCUCCCGCGCACCUCCAGGAGUCAUGCUGUUCCGUCAGAGGCUUUUACCGCCUCAUCGGGCUGGAUUGAAAAGAGAAAGUUCCGUUUGGAAUUGAAAUCUAUACGCACUUGUUCUUUUGGGGGGUUGUUUUGAGCACCGUGAAUGAGAUCUUCACACUCCCGGUGACUUCAGAGGAUCCGUUUCUUUGCUGCGUAUUUUGGGAUUACAGCUGCAGGAAGGAGAUAUGCUGAUGUUAUUGGUGGUCAGUCUGUCCGUGUUGGUGAAUCCAGGACCCUGUGUGGACGUGUUUCGAGCAGGUGUGGCCCCCCGCUGUGAGAGCCGAGCCUGCAACCCCCGCAUGGGUAACCUGGCUCUGGGUCGCCAGGUUUUGACACAGACCGUCUGUGGCAACAACGGCACUGAGCUCUCCUGCUUGUACUCGGACCCCAACUCCAACCUGGCCUGCAGCGCCCCCAAGUGCUCCAAAUGCAACGCCGGCCUGGCUCACUUGUCCCAUCAGGCAGGCUUCAUGUCUGACUCCUCCUUCCGCCACCCAAACACCUGGUGGCAGUCUGCGGAGGGGGUGGAGUCUGAGACGGUGCAGCUGGACCUGGAGACCACCUUCUACUUCACUCACCUCAUCAUCGUCUUUCGCUCCACGCGGCCCGCCGUCAUGACCCUGGAGCGCUCGCAGGACUUUGGACGGACGUGGGAGACGCUGCAGUACUACGCCAGCAACUGUAGUGCCUCCUUCGGGAUGCAGGAGAACAAGGGGGUCCAGGACGGACCCGCCUGCACCUCCAAGUACUCGGGAGCGUUUCCUUGCAACCGAGGAGAGGUGAUCUACCGAGCCCUCCCCAAGUGGAAGUCCAUGGAUCCAUUUGGAAUGGAGGGCCAGCAGCAGCUCCGAGUGACCAACCUCCGCAUCCAACUGCUGAAGCAUCAGUCGUGUCCGUGCCAGGCCAAAGUCCUCGCCUCUUCAAACAAAGCUCUUCCUACUCGCCAUUUCGCCAUUUAUGACCUGAUAGUGAAGGGAAGCUGCUUCUGUAACGGACAUGCCGAGCAGUGUGUGCCCGCACCCGGAUACCAACCUGUCAGAGACCGGACCAACCACGUGGUUCAUGGGAAGUGUGUAUGUAGACACAGCACUGCAGGUGAGCACUGUGAGCGCUGUGCUCCUCUGUACAACGACAGACCCUGGCAGCCAGCUGACGGAUUGACAGGAGCUCCACAUGAAUGCCGAAAGUGCAAGUGCAACGGGCACGCUCAAAGCUGCCGCUUUGACUGGACAGCGUGGCGUGAGUCUGGCCAGCGGAGUGGAGGCGUAUGCGACUGUCUGCAUAACACAGAAGGUCGUCAGUGUCAGAAAUGCAAAGCUGGCUUCUACAGAGAUCCUCGGAGACCCCAAACUGCACCGGACUCUUGCAAACCAUGCACUUGUCAUCCUAUGGGCUCCAUACUUUACAACUCGACUGACGGCUCGAUGUGCGACCCCUCCAACGGAAACUGCAUCUGCAAGCCUGGAGUCGGGGGGGAGCAGUGCGACAGGUGCAUGGUGGGAUAUUGGGGCUUUCAUGAGUACGGCUGCCGCCCGUGCGACUGUGCAGGAGACUGCGACCCGUUUACAGGAGACUGCAUGUUCGGGCCUGAUUUGGACCCGAACAACCUGGAGGGAAACUCCAGUGAGGCGUCAAGGAUCUUCAGGACGGACGAACUCUUCUCUGCUUUCCAUUACUCAGAGAAAUGUGAAUGCAAGGAGCAAGUCCUGACCACCAGCAAACUCUUCUGCACCAUGAAUUAUGCAUACGUGCUGAAGGUGAAGGUCCUGACGGCCCACGAUAAAGGCUCCCACGCAGAGGUGGAGGUCAAAGUUCAGAAGGUUCUCAGCCAGAGCAGCAAGAUGAAGAUCCAACGAGGUCGAGUUACUCUUUACCCCGAGUCCUGGACUGCACGGGGCUGCACCUGCCCCAUCCUCAACCCAGGUGUGGAGUACCUGGUGGCGGGUUACCUGGACCGCAAACAGGGCCGUCUCCUGGUGAACAUGAAAAGCUUCGUGAAGCCUUGGAAGGCCAGCUUGGGCCGCAAAGUCCUCACAAUGCUAAAGAAAGACUGCAACUGGUAGAAGGACAAACACGGCCCCGGAGGAACGACUUUUCUGACAGAUGAGACUGUUUCUGAUUUCCAAAAGCCCAGCAACUUUCUUCUCUUUGUUUUUUUUUCUUCUUCCUGACUCCCAGCAUGUGGAUUUAAAAAAAAAUCCCAGUUUUGGAGAACUGAACUAACUGAGAGGAACGAACCCUCCAUCUCUGUCAAGAUGGUCAACAGCGGCACAAGCAGAAGUAUGCGCGGGUUUGUUUUAUAAAAACAGACGUCUUGCAUCUGAUAAACUGUUCUUCCAGCGUGGGAUUCCAGGAAGAACCGUUGCUGUUGCAGAUGUCCGACCUGAGUGACUGAAAAGGCAAAGACAAACUGCUCUUUCUGUUCUGCAGCACUUUAGCCUAAAACUGGACUGAGAAAACACGGACACACAAAGAAAGAAGGAUUUAACGCCCACUCUAAGCACACUAUAGAUAUACCACGUCCAUUGUCCCGACAGUGGACACACUCUCAAAGAGCCAGCCGUAUGUAAGUAGUUCACACGCAAUGUGCAAAGCACACAGAACAAGCCAUACAAGCCACUACAGGUGGAUAAAUCUUAGUCAAUCCAGGUGCGCCUGUGAUGAAAUCGGAGUAAAUGGGUUUUGCCCUGGACGUGAAUGUAUUUGCCUUUGUUACUGUGUGAGCACUAGAGGCUGAGGCGCUAAAAUACGAGCACAGUCUCUGAAGAUUCUGUCUAAGCCUGAAUCCAUCUCAUGUUUAUCACUGUCAUGUGUACAACACAUCUCCUAUGAGCUCCUGCUCCUUCCUUUGUGCUCCUGUACAGUAUUAUUUGUAUAUAUCUAUAUAAAUAUUAUUUCUCUUUUA